AUGUCAACUUUGAUGAGAGCUGCCAGAAUUGUUGUUCUUUCAUCACUCGCAAACCGCUAUAGGCGAGACUCGCUGAUGAGUUUAGUUCGGAGACAGUAUGGACAGGUCCUAGUUGAUUACACCACAGAUUUGUCACAGCAAACUGCGAGUCCAUCUGUAGAGCACUUCUUCACCGCAGUACUAUUGGGUUUAUACGAGCUUGUAGCAAGUGACAAUGCCUCUCCGACCAAGCAUCUAAUUCAUGUUCGGGGGCUCGCGUCCAUCCUCUCAGAAGGCAUUACAUGUUCGGCACCAGAAUCGAAAGUGAGCGUCUAUUCUCCCGGAAUGCGUCUCGUCACAAAAGGCAUCAUGACUCAUCAAACAGGCACUGGUAUUCUGUGCCCUCCUCUUGAUGAUACCUAUCGUCGAUCUCUAGAUGACAUUAUCAUCAAGAUGUCACCUCUGACAAGUCGAGCGGAGAAGCUGCUCGCCGAUCCCUUUCCUCCCGUGUUGGAGCUUUUGGAGCUGCAACAAGACUUGUUGGCGAUUGAUGAUGAGAUUACGUACUGGGCCUAUGACCGGCCCCCUAGCUGGAAUCCAGAAGUGGUCGGUGAAGUCUGGAUAGAUCCGGCAACAUCAGAAGAGGCCACUUUCUAUUGUGCCGGCCCAGUUGAGAAGUACUUCGAUAUAUACGUCGCAACUGCAUGGAACUCAUGGCGUUCAAUACACGCCCUCUAUCUUGACCACCUCGUACAUAUUGCUAAUACCCUUGGACAGUAUGAGCUUGUUCCUCUAUAUAAAGAACGAAUUGAUGACCUGGCUGCGGGGAUCAAGGCAUCCAUUCCGUUCCAUCUGUCUCACGACGUUGAGACCUACAUCCAGCAAGCAAAUGCCGGAACUCCCCUUGUCCAGUCAGACCGGUUGGUAGGAGGCCUAUUACUUCUUCAUCCUAUGUAUGCCCUUGCUCGGUGUACCAUUGUCGAUGACACAACCAGAAAGUACAUGUCCAAAACUCUGAGGUGGAUCGGUGAUGAGAUGGGAAUUCGACAUGCGACCAUUCUUGCGGAUGGCCUUCAGCCUGAUAUGCAAGGACCUUCUGCGAUGCAGAGCUCCAAAAUGACGUUUAUUGAUGGACUCGAUGGGCAUUUUCUGAUUACCGCGAGCAUGAUGUUAGAGCCUCAACAGGUCCCAAGUGCCGUUUGA